AUGUUUAGUUUAAAAUCUGGAGAAGUAAUUAUAAGAGAUUUUUCAACAAUAGCAAAUAGUAUGAAACAAUAUAGAGUAAUACCUGACGUAAUAGAUUCUCCACCAGAAAAAAUUUGCGAAGUGAUUUUUCCAAGCGGUGCAAAAGCAAAUUUAGGAAAUAUGUUAACUCCAACACAGGUGAAAGAUAAACCAAUGGUAAAAUGGGUAGCUGACAAAAAUAGUUUUUACACUCUUUGCGUUAGCAAUCCGGACGUACCGCAUCGGGAUAUUCCAAGAAUGAGAGAAUGGCUACAUUGGUUAGUUGGAAAUAUACCGGGAAAUGAAAUCGCUAAAGGAGAAAUUUUAGCGGAUUACAUCGGCGCUGGGCCAUCGAAAGGUAGUGGGUUUCGUCGAUAUGUUUAUCUUAUUUAUAGACAAAUAGAUAAAAUUCCGUAUAGCGAGAAAAUUUUAACGAGUAGUUCAACAGAUUAUCGAAAUAAUUUUUCGAUUAGGAAAUUUGCGGAUAAAUAUAAAUUGGAAAAACCUACCGCGGGAAACUUUUAUAUAGCCGAAUGGGAUACUUCUGUUCCAAAAUUAUAUAAAAGAUUAGGUUUUAAACAAGAUGAACCUAUGAAAUGA